UUGUGUGAAGUAAAGUAAAAUCGCUGAAAAAUGGAAUCCUCUGCACCUACCGAUGUCAUGCAGACAGGGACAAUUAUUGAAGGUGUUGGUGAUGAGCUUGUGCACGCCUUCGGAAUUGUUCUUGUCCUCGCACUUCCGUUUGUCAUUGCGUAUUUCAACAGUAGAAACCAAGCCACAACUGAAGCUAUCCACCCGGAAAAUGAACAGCGCGUUUACGAGGCCAGACAGCGAUUGGGCGUGGAUACAGAGACGGCAAGUGUCAACCGUCAACAACAACAACAACAGCAACAGCAGCCACAAGAUCAACAACAAAAUGGCAGUACCCAGUUACCGCCGGCUAGGCACAGAUACAGCACAGAUCCCACCUGCCCAGUCUGCCUCAGUGAUUUAGCCUACGCAACCGAGACAAACUGUGGCCAUGUUUUUUGUGGAAACUGUUUAAUUACUUACUGGAGACAUGGCAACUGGCUGGGUUCCAUCAGGUGUCCUGUUUGCAGACAGCAGGUGACUCUGUUACUGCCAAUUUUCCGAGAGGUGGACCACACGACAGAGGACGCCCAAGCAGUGACCACGGAGAUCAACAACUACAACAGACGAUUCUCUGGGGAGCCGCGACCGCUGAUGGAUUACAUCCACGAUCUGCCCACCCUCCUGCGCCACGCCAUGCGGGAGUUCUUCACUCUCAGCGGCCUGGUCUGGAUGUUCCGUCUCCGCAUCAUCGUGUGCUUCUUAGCCGCCUUGCUCUACUUUGUCUCCCCGCUGGACAUCAUUCCCGAGGCCGUCUUUGGCGUGCUCGGUUUCGUCGACGACCUGCUCAUACUGGUUCUCUUGCUGAUCUACGUCACCAUCAUCUACCGGAGUUUCAUUGCGGCCCGGGCAGCGGCUGUCUGACAGCACCUACCCUUCCACAGAAUGGAUCGCUCUGGAUUUGGCCAUAAGCUCUGCUCGCCUUUUUGUUUGUGUACAUUUCUCACACUGUCUGACAGUACCUACCCUUCCAAAAAAUGGAUUGUUCUGGAUUUGGUCAUAAGACCCACCCAUUUUGGGGGGUUUGUGUACACUUCUCACAUUGGCUGUCUGACAGUACCUACCCUUCAACAGAAUGGACCUUUCUGGAUUUAGCCAUAAGCUCCGCCCACUUUUUUGGUGUGUACAUUUCUCACAGUGCUUGUGACCAAGUUCCAUCCAAUUGGUCAAUUUGUACUGAUUGACAGGCAGGAAGGAUCCACUCCCUUUCCCUUCUCACAAAAAAAGCUGAAAAUGCAA